AUGGAGCCGCCGGAGGAGGACGCUCUGCUGCCGGAGCCCAGCCCCGGAGCAGCGCGCCCUGCCUGGGCAGUGACGGCGCUGGCCUCGGUGCUCAUCUUCACCACGGUGGUGGACGUGCUGGGAAACCUGCUGGUCAUCGUGUCCGUGCUCAAGAACAAGAAACUACGGAACGCAGGUCAGAAACAGAUCUCCAUGUCAGGAUGGCUUGUGUCUUUAACUCCUUGUGCCCUUGUCCUCCUUGUUUCCUUUUCAGGAAACGUCUUCGUGGUGAGCCUUGCCUUUGCUGACCUGGUGGUGGCUUUCUAUCCCUACCCUCUGGUGUUAUACGCCAUCUUCCACGACGGCUGGUCUCUGGGUGACACUCAGUGCAAAGUGAGCGGCUUCCUCAUGGGCCUAAGUGUAAUCGGCUCCAUCUUUAACAUCACCGGCAUCGCCAUCAACCGAUACUGCUACAUCUGCCACAGCUUCAGCUACGAUAAGCUGUACAGCUAUAGGAACACGCUGCUGCUGGUGGCGCUCAUCUGGCUACUCACCGUCAUCGCCAUCGUGCCAAACUUCUUUGUGGGCUCACUGCAAUACGACCCCCGCAUCUACUCCUGCACCUUCGCACAGACCGUCAGCACCUCCUACACCAUCACCGUGGUCGUCAUUCACUUCUUCGUGCCCAUCGCUGUGGUAACCUUCUGCUACCUUCGGAUCUGGAUCCUGGUCAUACAGGUAAGGCGGAGGGUGAAGUCAGAGGUCCGCCCCCGCAUCAAGCCCAGCGACCUGAGGAACUUCAUCACCAUGUUUGUAGUGUUCGUGCUGUUUGCGAUCUGCUGGGCGCCGUUAAACUUCAUCGGACUCGCUGUGGCCAUUAACCCGGAUGCUGUGGCUCCUCGCAUCCCUGAGUGGCUGUUUGUAGUCAGCUACUUCAUGGCGUACUUCAACAGUUGCCUUAACGCCAUCAUCUACGGUCUGCUCAACCAGAACUUCCGCAGGGAGUACAAACGGAUCGUCAUGUCCGUGUGGAUGCCUCACCUGUUCUUCCAGGAGACGUCACGGGGGGGCACCGAGGCAAUGAAGAGCAAACCCUCCCCAGGACUGAACAACAACGAGCAGCUGAAGGGAGAGUCUCUGUGAGCCAAACCUCACUAAAUACUUCUUCUACUGUUCACCAGAGCAGAGACAACGAGCUCUGAGGUGCCAAAACGCAGACAAACUGAGCAAAUGAGAGAAAAGGAGGUGGAGUAGGCGUAGUGAUCUUUAAUGAGUGCCAUUUAUUAAACUGAUCAGUUCAGAUGAAAUCUGAACACUAUGAUUGUUUUUAAAACUAGCCGAGCUUAAAUGUAGUUUUCUUCUUUCUAUGCCUCAAACCUUUCUCAGCUCGGUCAUGUCAGAAAAAGUUUCCAUUGACAGAGUGAAGAGAAAAAUGCAAACAGAACAAAAAUGAGCAAUACUCUGCUGCAGAAAAUAAGUAUUUUAAAGGGAAUUCAUUGAGCUG